AGGCAUUCUCAUGGCAAACACUAGCAACAUAGCUAGGCUAGCAGAUCUGCAAGAUAAUCUUAUAGCUAUUGUUUAACCUGUAUUCAUCUUCUUUGCCGGGUUUGUGCAUACAAAGGUGUCUUCUUAAUCGCUUAAAACCAGCACAUCGCUUCUAGUCUGUUGCUCGCGUUACAUAAAUUAGUAAGAUAGACACCCUUCUUUUUUCUUUUUGAUCAGCCCAGUCUCCAAGCUAGCUUACUUAGAUACGAUAACGUCAGCUACACAGCCAUCAUGGCUUACUUUGGGUUUAAUGAACACCACCAGAAUGAAGUCAUCAAUUACAUGCGAUUUGCCAGGUCAAAGAGGAUGUUGAGGCUCAAGACCAUUGACUCCUGUUUUGAGGAACUCAAAGACAGCAGGUUGGUGGAGGAAACCUUCACCGUGGAUGAGGUGAGGGAGAUGCUCGACGGGCUGCAAGUGGUGGUGCGUGGGGAGGUGGAGAUGGAGCUCAUCAACACGGCCCACACCAAUGUGCUGCUUCUCAGGCAGCUCUUCUCCCAGGCGGAGAAGUUUUACCUUCGACUGCAAAGUGAUAUCUCAGAACUAGAAAACCGGGAGUUGUUAGAACAAGUGGCUGAAUUUGAGAAGACUGACUUUAAAACCACCAAUAAGAUAAACCAAGAAACAAGCAAGCCAAAGUUGGCACCACUGAAUGAAGGUGGGGUGUCUGAACUUCUCAACAAGGAGAUAGGGAGACUACAGGAGGAAAAUGACAAACUGAAAACCAGGCUCCGGACCUUAGAAUCCCAGGCCAUGAGCGCACUAGAUGAGAAAACCAAAGCAGAGAGAGCUUUGAAAGACCUCCAGAAGGUGCAAGGUGAACAGCAGGUACCGCUUCAUGUUUGUCUUACCGUGAAUCUUAAUUGUGUGUUCAAGUUCUAUUUGCUUUUUUCCGAGCUGAACCUGACCUGCGUUUCUUCUGCCUUUAAGCUGGCUGCCCACUCCCAGGAGAUCAGCAGCCUAGAAGACACCGUGGCAGCUCUGAAAGAGGACUAUGAAAGGUCUAUUAGCGCCACUGCUGCGUCCCAGAAGGAUUUGCAGGAGAACCUCAUUUCCUCCAAACAUGAGCUCCUGAGAGUGCAGGAGCAGCUGGCCUUGGCGGAGAAGGAGUUAGAAAAGAAGUUCCAGCAAACUGCAGCCUACCGCAACAUGAAAGAGAUUCUCACCAAAAAGAAUGACCAGUUAAAAGACAUUAGAAAACGAUUGCAGAGAUAUGAGCCAAAUGAAUGAGGUGAACCUUUAAUCUCCAGUUGGACAGGACCAAAAUCUUCGAAACCAUGAGUUCAACUCCUGUAAGAGAAGAGAGACCGAAGAGGGAAUUCCUUGAGAAGUUAUUUAUUCACGCUUUACCUGGCAUCUUCAUAUCUUAUUGGCUUUAGUAAAGAGCAGAAGCUGGGACGUUGGCUGCACACACAAUAAAUUCACAGGAUUGUUAUUAGUACCAGCUGUAUUUUUUUCCUUUGUGUCUGAGUUUAGAGCCCACAAACUGUAGCUAGCAGACUUCCCUCAGUGCUCUAUGCAAUUACUAACACGUCCCUGUUUAAAGAGGCCUUGUCAGUUUGCCGAACUGGACAGAUGCGUCCUGCCUGUCCGAAGCUUUGCAGUCAUAUUUUUCUGAUUAGUUGUUUUUACCAGUCUAGCACCAGGUGGAUGACCGCUGUGAUUUUGCUGCUCAGUCUUAGGUUUAGCAGAAUCUUUUCUAAUCCAAAUUCAGUUGUUAAUGAGUGUAACUAGUUUCCAGGCAAACUUCAACCCCCCCACCACAGUUGUAAACCAUUUAUUAACAACUUCAGUGGGCCCUUCAGUGCCACCGAAAUAUUUGACAGCAUUUUACACAGAAAAUAUUUUCAGCAAUCUGUCAUUGUGUCUGAUCAUUGAAAAUAUUGCACACGUAAGACAUUUGUUCCUGUGCUCCUGCAUACACUAAAUCAAGAAUAAUUCAAUAUUUUUUUCCCUAAUAGAAUAUUUUUGUCUGGAAUCUUUGUGUACUUUUUCUUAUUGGUUGAUGAAGUGUGAGAAAACUAUAUCAUCUAUAAUUACAUGAUGUUCAUGACGAAAUGCUCUUGUAGAGUGUGACACAUCUACAAUGUAUAAUGGUAGAUGUACAUUUGACUGGAUUGUGCAAAAUAUGGGGAAAUAAAACAAUCCCCAAGUAUUUGUGUUAUCGUUUUUGUAGCAUUUAAAGCACUGGCACCGCGUUUUAAAAGUGCUCUGGGCCUAUGUCAUCUCUCCUUUUUUCUAUGUUGCUGGGAAAUUGAGUCUGAAGUCUGAAAACAUGUUGAAUUGAGUGUGGAUUUAUUUUUUAUUUAAAUCCAUGAGAUCUAUUUCCAAUGAUUUUCAGUUAUCCUCUUGUUCCAUUUGGCAUGUCAGCCUUUUUCCCAGUUUCCGUCAGCCAUAUUUCUAUGGAGACCACUUCUGAUCUUCAGUGAACAGCAGUUGGAUAAAAUCAAGGUAAAGCAAAAUGUAGAAACUCCUAAAUCACUCAGGAAACUCCUAGGCUUGAAGGCAAAAUAUAAAUUGACGGGGAUUAUCAGAAGUGCUUUCUAUUUUCUGGUAAAAGAUUAUGAUUUCAAAAUGUUGCUUUUUGCUAAAUGUUGUGUCUCAGAAAUAUAUCAGAAUAUAAAAUGCUCAUAGUGGAAUAAGGUUAAUAAUAAAGCUUGUUAAAUACGGGAUGAAAGCAAUGUUAUUUUUCACAGAGCUAACAUAUUGAACAAGGGGGCGCCAUUCAUCAAAAA